GAAAGCUCAGAGAAGAGGCCAGUAGAUCUGGGCUUUGUCCAGGGGUCUCUGGGUUUAAAGCUCUCUACCAGCACUUGAGCUCAUUUUCCCUGUGGCUGGCCUGGGUGCAGCUUCUUGCUCUGCCCAAGCUGUUAAACCCCUCAGGCUUUCCUUUUGGGAAUUCUAGUGGCGUGACAGAGACAACCCUACCCUGCUGCCAGAAUGGAAGCUAUCAAGAAAAAGAUGCAGAUGUUGAAGUUAGACAAGGAGAAUGCCAUUGACAGAGCAGAACAGGCUGAAACAGAUAAGAAGGCAGCUGAGGACAAAUGCAAACAGGUAGAGGAUGAGCUGAUGGCUCUGCAGAAGAAGCUGAAAGGAACGGAAGAUGAACUGGAUAAGUACUCCGAGGCGCUCAAAGAUGCCCAGGAAAAACUAGAGCAGGCUGAGAAGAAGGCCACUGAUGCUGAAGGGGAGGUGGCAGCUCUGAACAGGCGUAUCCAGCUCGUGGAAGAGGAGCUGGAUCGUGCCCAGGAGCGGCUGGCCACGGCCUUGCAGAAACUGGAGGAGGCCGAGAAGGCAGCGGAUGAGAGCGAGCGAGGAAUGAAGGUUAUUGAGAACAGAGCAAUGAAAGAUGAAGAGAAAAUGGAAAUCCAGGAAAUGCAGCUGAAGGAGGCCAAGCACAUCGCUGAAGAGGCUGACCGCAAAUACGAAGAGGUUGCCCGUAAACUGGUUAUUUUGGAGGGUGAACUGGAAAGAGCUGAAGAGCGUGCAGAGGUGUCUGAAGUUAAGUGUAGUGACCUUGAAGAGGAGUUAAAGAAUGUCACCAACAACCUGAAGUCUUUGGAAGCUCAAUCUGAAAAGUACUCGGAAAAAGAAGAUAAAUACGAAGAAGAAAUCAAGAUUCUCUCUGACAAGCUUAAAGAAGCUGAAACUCGUGCUGAAUUUGCAGAGAGAACUGUUGCCAAACUGGAAAAGUCUAUUGAUGACCUGGAAGAAAAACUCACCCAAGCCAAAGAGGAGAACCUGGGCUUGCACCAGACACUGGACCAGACACUCAACGAGCUGAACUGUAUAUGAAACGGUGCCGGACGCCCGCGCCGCCAGGCACUGCCCCCUCCACCCGCACUUCCCGCAUCGUCCCCCGCACCCUGCCAGAACCCAUAAGUUAUGGACAGUGCAGCUGCACCCGAGGCCUUGGUGCCGCCGCGCCCCAGGAGCCAG